AUGUGGCUCUUCCGCGCCACCGGCAACGAGUCCUGCUUGGACAUCUUGUCCUCAGGAAACAACGGCGGCGUGCGCAGUAUGUUCUCCUGGGACGACAAGUUCUUCGGCGUCCAGCUCCUGGUCUCAAAGAACGACAAUCCCUGGGCAGCGUACAAGGAGAACGUCGACAUGUUCGUCUGCUCCGUACUGCAGAAGGCGAGGGACACCAACGUGCGGAUGAGCCCCGGCGGAAUGCUGUGGUUUCAGCCGUGGGGAAACACCCAGUACAUCACCUCCUCCAUGCUGGUCCUCUCCGUCUACGCCGACUACCUCGAAGCGGCAGAAGCCACCCUGGAAUGCCUCGGUGGCAACGUCGGCCCUAAAGACCUCAUCUCCUUCGUCACCUCGCUGGUGGACUACAUUUUGGAUGCCAACCUCUUCGUCAUCGAUACUAUCACCACCCUUAGUGAUGGUAAGGAAAACCUUCUCCUCUUAUGA